CACUUCCUACUAGCUAGCUAGUCAGUGAUAAACCGAAAUAACCCUGAUAAGCUUGUCUAUGCUCUGCGGCUUUUGGAAACUAUCGUUUUUAUUUUUCUUUAGCAGUGUGAAUACCAAAACACAAGAACGAAAGUGUGUUCAGUAAUUCAUUCUAUUUAAUUUAGUAAACUGGAUGGUUUGCUCUCGUGAAGACUGAAGGGUGAAGGCAACCAAGUUAAGCGCUGCGAUGGCAUAUGUUCGGGCAACGUCAGACGGUAGUUAAAGUUAAACAGACGAGAAGAGAAUGAAGUCACAGGGACAUGGAGCAAAGGACGGCUGUCAUUAUUAAGGCUUUUUCAGCAUCUCCUCCAGACAUGACGUUCAACACUGGGCUGUAGAGACACAAGCUUGACCUGAAGAGCAACGUUACUUCUUUUUAAAGCUUUAGGUAUUGAAUAAAUGCCAGGCCUGUCAAUGAAGGAGAAAAGCGAGUGGGUCCCAACGAUUCCAUCUUACCCAUAAUGCCAUCGUCCACGCGAAAAGGAACAGUGAAGGAUCCAGAGUUUGCCGAUCUCUUCUUCAAAGAGGACCCCGAAGAUGUAUUCUGCGACCUCCACGAGAUCGGCCAUGGGAGUUUCGGGGCAGUCUACUUUGCCCGGAACUCCUACACCAGUGAGGUGGUGGCCAUUAAGAAGAUGUCCUACAAUGGCAAACAGACCACCGAGAAAUGGCAGGACAUCAUCAAAGAGGUGAAGUUUCUGGAACAGCUGAGACACCCCAACACCAUCGAGUACAAAGGCUGCUACUUAAAGGACAACACUGCCUGGUUAGUAAUGGAGUACUGUUUGGGCUCUGCUUCCGAUCUACUAGAGGUUCACAAGAAACCACUCCAAGAGGUGGAAAUCGCUGCCAUAACCCAUGGUGCCUUGCUGGGACUAGCUUAUCUACAUUCCCACAACAUGAUUCACAGGGAUGUGAAGGCUGGAAACAUCCUGCUGACUGAGCCAGGCCAAGUCAAGCUGGCCGACUUUGGCUCAGCGUCCAUCUCCUCUCCGGCCAACUCCUUUGUGGGGACGCCGUACUGGAUGGCCCCAGAGGUGAUUUUGGCCAUGGAUGAGGGGCAAUACGAAGGGAAGGUGGACAUCUGGUCCCUGGGCAUCACCUGUAUAGAGCUGGCGGAACGCAAGCCUCCCCUGUUCAACAUGAACGCUAUGAGUGCCUUAUAUCACAUCGCCCAGAACGACUCUCCCACACUCCAGUCCAACGAGUGGUCUGAACCCUUCCGGAACUUCGUCGACUACUGCCUACUAAAAAUUCCUCAGGAUAGACCCUCCUCUGCCGAGCUACUGAGACAUGAUUUUGUGCGGCGGGAGCGUUCCCCCCGGGUCCUCGUCGACCUCAUCCAGCGGACCAAGGAUGCGGUGCGUGAGCUGGACAACCUGCAGUACCGCAAGAUGAAGAAGAUCCUCUACCAGGAGAAACACAAUGGACCAAUGGGAGAAUCCCAAGAGGAAGAGGAGGAUGGAGAGCAGGCCAGCUGUAAGGUGAACAGCCUGGGCAGCAACCACUCCAUCCCCAGCACCUCGGUCAGCACAGGCAGCCAGAGCAGCAGCAUCAGCAGCAUCCAGGAGGUCCUGGACGAGAGUGCCGACCUGCCCAUGAUGCACUAUGACAGCACACUGGAGCCUUCUCAACACCCCAAAAAGGAUCAUCAGUUCAUCCGGGAUGACGUCACGCAUCGCGAGGCGCGGGCCGAGGGGCGUCCAUCUUCCUCCGACAAGAGCCAGGCCCACAACUACAAGAACCGCGAGCGUUUCGCCACCAUCAAGUCUGCCUCGCUGGUCACCCGUCAGAUCCACGAGCAUGAGCAGGAGAACGAGCUGCGGGAGCAGAUGUCGGGCUACAAGCGCAUGCGGCGGCAGCACCAGAAGCAGCUCAUCGCGCAGGAGAACAAGCUCAAGACGGAGAUGGACGAGCACCGGCUCAAGCUGCAGAAGGAGGUGGAGACGCAGGCCAACAACGCCUUCAUCGAGCUGGAGAAACUGGCCAAGAAGCACGUCAUCCACACGGAGAAGGAGAUGAAAACGGCUGCCGCUGAUGAGAAGAAGUUCCAGCAGCAGAUUGUGGCCCAGCAGAAGAAGGAGCUGACCACCUUCUUGGAUAAUCAGAAAAAGCAGUACAAACUCUGCAAGGAGAAGAUUAAAGAGGAGAUGAACGAGGACCACAGCACUCCCAAGAAGGAGAAGCAGGAGCGCCUGUCCAAACACAAGGAGAACAUCCAGCACUCCCAGGCCGAGGAGGAGGCGCACCUGCUCAACCAGCAGCGGGUCUACUACGACAGGAACUGCCGCGCCUUCAAGCGCAAGAUCACGACCAAGAGGCACGAGAUGGAGCAGGAGCAGAUCAGAGAGGAGCUAAACAAGAAGAAGACACAGAAGGAGAUGGAGCACGCCAUGUUGAUCCGUCACGACGAGUCCACACAGGAGCUAGAGCACCGGCAGCUCAAGGCCCUGCAGAAGCUGCGCAUGGAUCUGAUCCGCCAGCAGCACCAGCGAGAACUCGAAAACCAGAUCGAGUACAACAACAGGCGCGAACGCGAGCUCCACCGCAAGCACGUUCUCGAGCUCCGGCAGCAGCCCAAGAACCUCAAGGUGCUGGAGCUGCAGAUCAAGAAACAGUUCCAGGACACGUGCAAGGUCCAGACCAAGCAGUACAAGGCCCUUCGGCACCACCAGCUGGAGAUCACCCCCAAGAGCGAGCACAAGGCCGUGCUCAAGGCUCUCAAGGACGAGCAGACGCGCAAACUGGCCAUCCUGGCCGAGCAGUACGAGCAGAGCAUCAACGAGAUGAUGGCGUCGCAAGCGCUGCGUCUGGAUGAGGCUCAGGAGGCUGAGUGCCAGGCUCUGAGGCACCAGCUCCAGCAGGAGAUGGAGUUGCUCAACGCCUACCAGAGCAAGAUCAAGAUGCAGACCGAGGCCCAGCACGAGCGCGAGCAGCAGAAACUAGAGCAGAAGGUGUCACUGCGCAGAGCCCAUCUGGAGCAGAAGAUUGAAGAGGAGCUGGCCUCCCUUCAAAAGGAGAGAACUGAUCGCAUCAAGCACCUGCUGGAGAGGCAGGAGAGAGAGAUUGACACGUUUGAUAUGGAGAGCGUGCGUCUCGGCGUGGGCAACCUUGGUGCUUUAGACUAUCCCAAGGACGAUUACAGAUGAGACCAGACUCUGCCAUAACCCCCCCCCCCCUCCUGCUCUUCUCCAGUAGGAUGACUGGUUGGUUAAUGUUAACGACGUACUUUUUUUUUUUUUUUGGUGUUUGUUGUUUUUUGCUACUGACAUCACUUCUCGGACGAGUGCCUGUACUGUCCUGCACCACCCCAUCAGGGCCCCUCCUCUUGUCAUGCCACAAGAUAAAUGCUGGAUGACUCCCACAGUUGUUGUUUCUUACAAAAAAAAAAAAAACGAAGAAAAAAAAACAAAAGCAAAAAAAGUUUUAAAAAAUUCGAAAAGGAAGAAAAAAAAAAGAAUGUCAGUGUUCAGUGUUUCUCGUGCAAUGAUAUCACAUUUAGUGCAAAACAAAGAAAACAUGAGAGAUCAAGCAAUACAGAGUAAAUUUGGUGUUCUCAUUUAACAAACAACAACAAAAAAAGAAAUCACACUUUCUCCUUUCUGUCAGUCUGUGCUAAGCAAAGCAGAGCAUCAAGACUCCUGCAAUGCAGCCUUAUCCUCACACCACUCAAAUCUGUAUUUGCUAUUUAUUCACCUGGAUAAACAAACAAACAAACAUUUUUACAAGGGGUUGGGCAAUUUGAUAGGUUUGCAUAUAAAGUGUACAUAUUGAUAGAUGCAUCUAUGACUUCCGGGGUGACGGGGUGGGAUUUGUUGCAUCUCCGCUGUACUAUGUGGUCAUUUUUCUGCAUUGGCAGUUAAAAUGUGAAACAAAACCAUAUGUGAAUCCCCACUCCCGAGUAGCACAAAGGGCUGCAGUGAGGGACAGUGUAUUUUGUGUAUAGAUGGAUUUAUGGAGAGCUUUGACUUAUUUUCCUAUUGUAUUUUAUCUGGUGUUGAAAUCGAUUUUUUAAAAAGGACUGAUGAUUCUCUUCUUCCUCCCUCCCCACCUCCUCCACAUCCACAUUCAGUAUUCCAAGUUGAAUCAUCAAUGGAAUCUUCACUUGAAAUUCCAUCGGAAUCAGUUUUUUUUUUUUUUUCUUCUUUGCUUUAACCUCAUUCUCAAGCUGUGUAUUUUCUUACGAUUAAAAUCCGAUCGGUAAAAAAAAAAAAUGCUUUUAUUGCAUGCACUUUAAAUUUGUUUUCAGGUUAAGAGAAGCAUGAAUCUGUCAGAGCUUUUAAUUAUAUUUGUAAAUAAAGUGCUCACCCACAGAAAGUGUUUCAAAGCU